GGCAGGGGUUGCCACUAUUGUGGCUGGGAGAGAGAGAGAUUGUUACGGUUGCCCCUUGCUCUAGUGUCGGCUGCCACUGCCACAUCUGGGCCAUGGCUGGUGUCAAUAGUUGUGAGAUAAAGAGAAGAGAAAGUUAGACCGAGAGAUUGAGAGAGGGAGUUGAUUAAGAGGAGGAAGGGAGAUUGAGAGGAUGUUGAGAUAUUUGUAAUGGCUGCGCUUUCGCUGAUAUUUUUUUAUUUGGGGGGGGGGGGGGGGUUGUUGAAUUAGACCACUUAAAAAUUAUGCCAAUUUAAACAAGAUUGCUUACUUCAACUAAUAUGCCACUUUAAACUAAGUAAAUCAAUUUAACACUAAGGCUUCCAAGCCAAAAUGGGUCCAAUCACAUAGACGACAAAGCAUGAAUCAAUAAGAAACUAGUCUUUCAUUCGAUAGUGUAUAUGUGUGUGGGAUGUGCUAACUAUUCCAAUCCUAGUAUUCAUCUAAUCAUGCAUACAUAUAAUUCAACUAAACAAUCAUAUAAGCAUAAUUAGAAAAGUGCUCAAUUGACAAUCUCAAACACAAGCAUGUAUAGUGGUUCGUUUUCCCUACUACAAUCCCGGCGGAUGUACUCUCCUUGAGUGUACCGGUAUUUAUUAUUGGAGGUUUUAAAUCAGGUUCACCUCUAACCAUAUAAGCAUACACUCUUGUCGGAGGUCACCCGUGUCGGUGGCCUAUACAAGAACUUACCACGUACACACCUGUGUCGGUGGCUUACACAAGGACUUACCACGUAUACACCAUUGGCUAGAAUAAGAGAAGUUCACUGUUUCUCUAUCCAAACUGUUGGCACGUUGAGCUGCACUGUUGUGGACCUUGUAUAAUCAUAACGUGUGCUGUCAAACCAAUAUCCUCAACCAUGCACAUGCUAACUAGCAUGCACCAUUGAGCCAAUAUCCUCAACCAUUUUUUUUUAAAAAAGGCUUGUUCUUUUACUUGCCUUGUUUGUUCUUUCGAACGUCUUGCAGAAUGAAAAAUUCUUAUGGUGUCGUUGUGCAUGCAAUGGCCAUCACACAUUUCGGUAACUUGCUUCAACCAUGGAAUGCGACAUGGAAAGUGGUUCAACAACAGCAGAGGCAUUAACUUCAUGUCCAAAGAAAGAUCAGAUUCAAUCAGCUGUUGGCCCAGAGUCCACAGGUUCUGGUGACUUUGCACAGCCCGCAUUGGUAGUAGGAUCUGUAGACCCAAUUUCGUCUAUUGAACAUGUUAUGUCUGUAGAUCUUACUGGGGCUGAAAUAGGUGUGGAACCUGAAUUGGAGGUUAUACCGGUAGCACCUGAUGACAGCAAACCGCAUGUUGGGAGGGAAUUUGAAUCAAAAGAGGCUGCCAUAGAAUUCUAUAAUGCAUAUGCCAAGCUAUGUGGCUUUAGCGUAUGCCUUAAUCAAGUAAAAAAAUCCCAGAAGUUGAAGGUUAUGGUUUUCCGAGCUAUGUCUUGUUCCAAAGAAGGGAAGAGUGAAAGGAAGUUUCUAGAGAAUUCAGACCGCAAGAGAGCUCCGAGACCAAUCACUAGAAUUGGUUGUCCUGCAAGGCUUGAGGUUAGAAGGGAAGCGGAGAAUAGAUGGGUUGUGACAAAGUUCAUUGAGAAACACUGUCAUAUCUUGACGGACGCAGAGCUUGAUUGUGAAAUGUCAAAGUUUGUUCGGCAGAAUGGCUUAAGACGUCUUUUCAAAAGGUUUAUAAAUGCAGCGGUGAAGUCAGAACUGACUUUUGCAUUUGCCAUGGAACGCAUUAUGAGGUUAACUGAAGAACUCAAAGAGAUGGCUAAAGAAGACGCUUUAAUUGUAGGGCAUAACCAUGCUCCAAUCGAGCAGGUUAGUACCGAUAUGUGGCAAGAGCCAAUGUGUUCUUCAAAAGGAGUUUGCAUCGACUUUGGAAGUGGGCUAGCUCUAUCUUCGACCGAUAUCUUGUUCCAUGAUCUGAACAUCAUGCGAGACAAUGUUUGUUGUACGAACAAAAGAUUCAAGUGUGUUAAGGAGCUUGCUAUCAGUGGCAAAGUGGGGGCAGGGGCAGGGACAGGGACAGGGACAGGUGUUGUGGAAGGAACGUGGAUGCUGAAUUAGAUCCUCAAAUAUCGAUGCAAAGGCAGGUUGAAACCAUGGUCUAAAUUUCCAAGAAUGCAUGGUUGAUGAGAAGCCGAUUUCUGCCACGUAGGCUAUCCAUGGUGGGAGACCGACCAUCUGAAGUGCAUGUGUGGUCAACAUGAUGAUGUCCAUGGGAACACUGAUGUCCAUGUCUGAUUAAAGGAUUAUAUGCAGGUAACUGUGAUUACUUGAUUCAUGUAUUUAAAAAAGAAGAAUGGUUAUUUGCCAACUUGUACAUGUGUAGGAAUGGAAGCAAGGAGGGUACCUGUAAUAUGCUUUGUUUGUAGGCCAGUUUGUGGGAAUCAAAAACAUUCUGGGGGGCUGGAUUCACCUGAAAAAGGCCAUAACCUUAAAUUCAAAGCUAUUCCCCGAACUUUGUCUUGUGUAAUUCUAUUAUGUGGUUCUAUCAUUUUCUGUAAGGAGCCUUCUUGCGCAUCAAAAUGCUCCUUGAGGUAAGUGCGGUUUCUUUUUCAUUUCA